UGGGGGCUCACCUCAAUCUAACAAACAGCCCAUGGCCCUAAACUCCUGCCCCUCCCCCCAGCCAUUUAAAAUGUUUAACCAGAAAAUAACGGAAAAACCCUAAACCCCUCCAAACACCAUUUGAAAAUAGCUGAAACUCCAUGGCAGACGAUAUUACAUCGUCUUCGUCGAUCUCUGGUAAUGCCCAAUUUCCGAAGCGCUCUUGCCAUCAACGGUCUGUAUCUCCCCAAAAGCCUGCAAAGAGCUUGAGGACGGUAGGAGAUCUCAGAGACGACGAGGAACCACUGCAAUCCUCCAUUCCCCAAGCAAUGAGCCAAAACCCUAGAUUACAGAGGUACUUGGUGGCAAUCGAGUACAUUGGAACUCGUUUCUUUGGCUCCCAGAGGCAGCUCAACUGCCGAACUGUCGUUGGCGUUCUCGAAGAGGCUUUUCAUAAAUUUAUUGGACAGCCAGUUUCAGUAUUUUGCUCAAGUCGAACAGAUGCAGGAGUGCAUGCCUUAUCAAAUGUUUGCCAUGUUGAUGUUGAACGCAUUAGCAAAAGGAAACCUGGCGAAGUGUUGCCGCCUCAUGAACCUAUAGUGGUUAGAAGAGCUGUGAAUCAUUAUUUACAGAGGGAAGGUGACAUGAUGGUGAUUGAUGUUCGGUGUGUUCCAGCAGAUUUUCAUGCUAGAUACAAAGCUCAAGAGCGGACAUAUUUCUAUCGCUUGCUUUCUGGGCCAGAGCCUUUGUCAGCCUUUGAGAAGGAACGGGCAUGGCAUGUGACUGAGGAGCUAGAUCUUCUUGCCAUGCAGAGAGCAUGCAAAGUUCUUGUUGGAUGUCAUGAUUUCAGUUCCUUCAGGGCUUCUGGUUGUCAGGCAAACUCACCUAUCAGAACUUUGGAUGAACUCCAUGUUUCUGAGGUAGUUUCAACUCCAUAUUUUCCAUCAAUCAUGGAAAGGCAAAAGGACAAUUAUAUGGUUGAAGAUUCUCUUUUGUAUGAUGACAAGCCUGAAAAUAGUGAGCCUGUUGGUUCGUCAAUUACUUAUCUUAAUGGAAUUGGAAUUUCCAAGUUUGGAACAAAUGAAUUUGGUAUAAGAAAAAGGCACCGUUGCUAUGUGAUAACAGCACGUGCCCGCUCUUUUCUUUAUCACCAGGUUAGGCUGCUUGUUGGUGUUCUCAAAUCUGUAGGCACUGGGGACUUAACAAUAUCAGAUGUUCAAAGAAUACUGGAUGCAAGGACUGUGACUGCGGCAAGUCCCAUGGCUCCUGCAUGUGGUCUAUACCUUGGAAAUGUGAAAUAUGAUCUGCCUUGAGCAUCUUAGAAGACCCCAGCACUGGGGAUCGUUUCUACUUCCCUAAGAUUUAUGGCACCAGCCCUAGUGCCCCAUGGUUCAUCCACUGUGCCUCUUUCACGAUCGGUCGAAAGGAAGUUUUCCAGCUCAUCGGGAAUAUCAAAAUGCUUAUUAUGAACAUCUUGAUGGCAAUUUUCCAAUUUGAUUGUGGUUUUCUCAUGUUUUUAGGCAAGUAAUCCCAUUGCUGGUUGGACCAGAGAGGACAAUUGUACCAUCUAGUUUAACAGUAGUCCUUUUCUAAGUUUAGAUGCUAGUGUUACUGAUUGGAUGAAACAAGUUGUAAUCCUGCCUUAUAUAUCAAUGUAAUUCUCCUUUUGAGUUGUGUGUCAAAA